AUGCUUGACAUCACCAGCCAAGCUGCUGAGUGGAUGGGCCUGCAUUUCAACCCCAAAAAGUGCGCCUCCCUCCACGUCGAUGGUGGCACCAGGGUGCUGGUCCGGCCUUCCCGGUUCCUUAUCCAGGGCGAGUCCAUGACCUCCCUUGAAGAGGAAGAGAGAUACCAACACUUCGGCACACCCACAGGAGUCCCUGUCUGGCAGACCCCCAAAGACACCAUCGCAGAGAUCCUGCGAGACGUGGCCCAAAUCGACUCCUCCUUGCUCGCCCCCUGGCAAAAGAUCAACGCCCUCAACACAUUCCUGACCCCCCAUAUCUCCUUUGUCCUGAGGGGAUCAGCCAUGGCCAAGGUGCCCCUGAAAAAGGCCGACAGCACCAUCAGACAGCUGGUGAAGAAAUGGCUCCACCUUCCCCAGAGGGCGUACACGGACAUCAUCUACAUUUCCCACAGACAGGGCGGUGCCAACGUACCUUUGGUGGGGGAUUUGUGUGACAUGGUAGUGAUGACCCACGCCUUCCACCUCCUAACAUGCCCGGACCCAACAGUGAGGAGCAUCGCACAGGAGUCUGUAUGGGGUGUGGUCAGGAAAUGCAUCACCAGGGCCCCCUCCGAGCGGGACGUUGCCACUUACCUCAGCGGCUCCCUGGAGGCUGAACACCUGGGCAAGAGGAUCAGCUGCUACUGGAAGUGGUGUGAGGAACGCCGGGAGCUGGGAAUACUGGUGCCACGCGUAAAGACCACGGACCACACCAUCGUCACCCUGACCGCCAGAGCCAUGCUAGAAAGGUCCCUGAAAGACGCCAUCCACUACCACUACACUGAGAACCUCAAACGGAAGCCGGACCAGGGCAAGGUGUUCGAGGUGUCCAGCAAGUGGGAUGCCAGUAACCACUUCCUCCCCAGGGGCAGCUUCACCAGGUUAACCGACUGGCGGUUCAUCCACAGGGCCCGAAUCAACAGCGUUCCCCUCAACGGAGCCAUCCGCCAUGGCAGCUGGGACAAGCACUACAGGAAGUGCGGCUACGUGAACAAGACCCUGCCGCACGUCCUGUGUGGAUGCAAGCAGCACUCUGGAGCCUGGCGGCACCACCACAACGCCAUCCAGAACUGA